AUGCCAAAAACGAGGUCUCAGAGGAAUGCCGAUGGCUCUAAGGGGAACGGAGGAAGCGGCCCCCAACAGUCUGCCCGGAGUCCGACCCCUGGAGGGGAGGGGACGGGACUCUCGCGGAUUCCGCCGGAGCAACUGGUUCAGGCGGUAGCAGGAAACCUGCCCACUUUCGAGGCCAUUGUGAAUUACCUCAGGGGGCAGACAGGAGGGCCUCUGGGCCAGGAGCCGAAAAACUCGGAGGGUCCAACCGAGUCCAGGGCGGGGAGCCCCAACCCCCAGCUCAAACGCGUGCGCCGGGAGCCCUCAAGUGAGCACAUCGACAUGGGGGAGCCCACUCACAAGCACUCUCGAACUGAGCACCCGGAGCCCGUCCGGAGGUAUUCUAGGGAUGAACCCUCACCUCGGAAAGAGCAGCUCCAGGUGCAGGACGAGCUGGACCUGCUCUUGGAUGCCGAGGCGGACAGGUACAUCGCGUCCCCUUUCGUGCCUGAUAUAGAGAACUAUCCACUGCCCGCAAAGUUCAAGAUACCCAACAUGAAGCCUUAUGAUGCGACCACGGAUCCGGAGGAUCACUUGUUUGCAUUCCUGACCCAAAUGCGUCUGCAAACUGCCGCAGAUGCGGUCAGGUGCAAGACUUUUCCCAUGUUUCUGGAGGGGAAGGCACGUCAGUGGUUCCAGGGGCUUCCCCCCAGGUCCAUUAGGUCCUUUGCUCAGCUUGCUCGGCUGUUUGCAGCCCAGUUUGUCUCAUCACGAGCCUUCUCCAAAAGCACGGCGCACCUAAUGACCAUUCAACAAAGGCCUGAGGAAUCCUUACGCGAAUACAUGGUGCGUUUCAAUAACGAGUCCCUUCAGGUCAGGGAUCGCGAUGACAAGGUGGUUAUGGCAGCCUUCAUUAACGGGCUGCGCAAGCAGAAGCUCUACACCGAACUCGUAGAGAAACCUCCCAAGUCGGUACGGGAAAUGCUGGACCGAGCUCAUGAGAAGGCCAAUGCGGAGGAGGCUAACCGCCUUAAGAGCGCACAAGAAAGGCUGAGGGAUGACAAACGUAGGAGGGGAGCCGACCAGGUGGAGACUCGUCCCAACCAGGGAAGGAAGAGCACCUACGAUCGCCUCCCUAGAAGCCGUCCAAGUGGAGGAGAUAAGCCCUGGACUAGCCUCACCGCACCUCGAGCUCGGGUGCUGGCGGUCAUGGAACAGGAGGGGCUCUCCCGACCUCCUCGACCUUUGGGAGGGGACAAAAGCAGACGGGACCAAGGGUUGUUCUGCGCUUAUCAUCGAGAUGUGGGGCAUGACACGGAGGACUGCCGUCACCUCAAGAAAAACAUCGAGAAACUAAUCAAACGAGGUCAUCUCGGGCAGUUCAUACGAGAGGACCGAGCUGACCAGCAACGAGGGAGGUCCAGGUCAGAACGACCGAGCUACCUCCGGGAUCGACCUCAGGGGACUCAUGGUCGAGCUCCUGAACAGGAAACGCAGAAUCUGGCCGGGGUGAUUAAUACCAUUGCAGGAGGACCGGCUGGCGGGGAUAGUCAUACAGCUCGGCAGCACAAUCGACCUCCCCCGCGGGGGAGAGCUCGGCCAAGCGUCUGA